AUGAAGAACGUUUCGCAAAAGAAAUCUUUCGUCAGCAGGAGCAUUGAUUCCAAGGUGGUCGUGGCUAUUUACAUAGCCGCUGUCUAUGCCCUGAUCGACAAUUUGGGUAGGUGCUGGCUCUUGAUCAAGACUUCGUUGCCGACACCAGUGGAGAUUCGCGAGGAUAAAGCGCCGGAUAUUAUGAAACCAGCAAGGCAGAAGCAAGCAAAUAAGGCUGUGGCAAACAAUUUCCAUCCUUGGCUUGUCCGGCGGUUCUUCCAGAAAAGCCUCAAGAGCAACUCAACAUCACCUUCUGGUGCUGAAGAGUUGCGCAGGAUUGCUUGCCGCUGGUGGUAUAGCACGUCCUGGCGAUCGGUUGUCGAGAAGGAUCUGUGCAAGGCGAAACAGAUGAUCCUCCAAAAGCGCGAGCCUACAAAAGCGACAAAGAAUGCUGUCAAGGCUAUGAGUAAAUCCGCGUCUUGUCGUUUUAAUGUCAGAGUUGCCCCCAUGAUGCGUCCUCGAGACCAAUUCGUCCACGUCCCAAUGUAUGCGGGAUAA